CGCGCCUGCCGAAACAAAGUGUGCUUCUGUUUUUCCAAUCGCAUCUACCGGCACAUAAAAAAACAAAUUUCGCCCAGGGCAACAGGACAGCUUGUUUUAUCAUUACAACGCUUGAGUUCACAUCUUCCUCAGGCGAAAAGCAGUUGCAACCGGAAACGGGAUAAAGGUACCAUCACCAAGGACACGGAUUCACAGGCGACAUGAAGAUCGAGGAAGUCAAGAGCACCGUGCGCACUCAGCGCAUCGCAGCCCACAGCCACGUGAAGGGAUUGGGUCUGGACGAAGUCGGAGCUGCAGUGCAUAGUGCAGCCGGAUUGGUGGGUCAGAAGGCAGCACGCGAAGCAGCUGGCAUCGUGGUGGAUCUGAUCAAGUCUAAGAAAAUGGCCGGAAGAGCCCUACUCUUGGCAGGUCCUCCUGGCACUGGAAAGACCGCUAUUGCACUGGCCAUCGCCCAAGAAUUGGGUAACAAGGUGCCCUUCUGCCCCAUGGUCGGAUCGGAAGUCUUCAGUAACGAGAUCAAGAAGACCGAAGUGCUGAUGGAGAACUUCCGGCGUUCCAUUGGCCUUCGCAUUCGUGAGACCAAGGAAGUAUACGAAGGAGAGGUCACGGAGCUCACUCCCGUAGAAACCGAAAAUCCCAUGGGUGGCUAUGGCAAGACCAUCAGUAAUGUAGUCAUCGGUCUAAAGACAGCCAAGGGCACCAAGCAACUCAAGUUGGAUCCUAGCAUCUUCGAUGCCUUGCAAAAGGAGAAGGUAGAGGUGGGUGAUGUGAUCUACAUAGAGGCCAACAGUGGUGCAGUAAAACGCCAGGGGCGCAGCGACACCUUUGCCACCGAAUUUGACUUGGAAACCGAGGAGUAUGUGCCGUUGCCAAAGGGCGAUGUACACAAGAAAAAAGAGGUCAUCCAGGAUGUCACUCUACAUGAUCUGGAUGUGGCCAAUGCUCGUCCGCAGGGUGGUCAGGAUGUGCUCUCCAUGAUGGGACAGCUCAUGAAGCCUAAGAAAACUGAAAUCACUGACAAACUACGCAUGGAAAUCAACAAAGUGGUAAACAAGUAUAUUGACCAGGGCAUAGCUGAGCUGGUUCCUGGAGUCCUUUUCAUUGACGAGAUCCACAUGCUGGAUCUGGAGACAUUUACCUAUCUACACAAGUCGCUGGAAUCUCCCAUCGCUCCAAUUGUGAUCUUUGCCACCAAUCGCGGACGCUGUGUGAUUCGUGGCACCACCGACAUCGUUUCUCCACAUGGCAUUCCUCUGGAUCUGCUUGAUCGUUUGCUGAUCAUCCGCACGUUGCUCUACUCCACCGCUGACAUGGAACAAAUUAUCAAGCUGCGCGCCCAAACCGAAGGACUACAGCUGGAGGAGAACGCAUUCACACGUCUCAGUGAGAUUGGAACUAGCUCCACGCUGCGCUAUGCCGUACAAUUACUGACCCCGGCCCACCAGAUGUGCAAGGUGAACGGACGCAACCAGAUCAGCAAAGAUGACAUCGAGGACGUGCAUUCUCUUUUCCUCGACGCCAAGCGCUCCUCGAAACACUUGUCCGAAAAGAACAAUAAGUUUAUGUUGUAAGUUUGGCGAUUCAGACAGAAUUAUAUUCCAUUUGCACGGAUUUCCCAGUAAAAGAAUGAUAAGCAA